UAGACAAUAAGUUGUUUCAAAAGAUAAAGAAAGAAAAUCAAAUUACAAGGCUGCAAAUUUCAAAAAGAUUUCUCUCUCUUUCUCUCUUUCCAAACAUACUGUUUCAAUUUCCCUAGAAUUCAUAUCUAACUAUAGCUAUAUAGCUAAUAUUCGCCUUUCAUCUCCAUGUCCAAGGAUCACCAUGAUAGUACUCUUCAAGAAAGUCUACAAAAACGUGAACAACAGCAAGAAGAAGAAGAAGAAGGAAAAGAAGAACAAGGGCUUGAAAAAGAUGGAGGAGGAGGAGGAGGAGGAGAAGAAGCGGUGGCAUCGAGGAAAGAUGUUGAAGAAGAGUGCAAAACGCCAACUUCGAGUGAUCACAAGAUACCAACCAUUCAAAGCUGCCCACCAACACCCAAGAAGAAAGUGGGACCAAAUUCCCGCAAGAGAAAAUUAUCGGAGUUGCAGUUCUUCGAAACCACGAGAAGUGAGGAGGUAGAGUCGUUUUUUCGAUCAAAAUCUGAGCCAUCUACUGUUAACUCUCGUAGCAUCAAGAGGAGAUGUAGGAGUGCUUGAAAUUGAUCUCUCAUCACCAUGUAAAUUUUCGAUGUCGAAUUUUCUUGGGGGAGUUGCUUACUUACCUAUAGCCUUCAUUUCCUACAUCAAAUUUUCCUGCUGUUACUCUUCUUAUUCAUAUUUAUCUAUUGCAAAUAUUGUGAGAAAUUAAAAUAAUAAUAAUAUUAAUAAUUCAAGGUGGGUUUUUUUCAUUAA